AUGCUUGUUCUAGUCACUGGCGCUACUGGCAAUGUUGGCCUGCAUCUGAUCGACAGCCUUUCCUCUCGUGGGCACAAGGUCAGAGGUCUUGGUCGAUCUCCUGAUAAGCUCACCGAUGAGCAGCGCUCGAAUCUCGAGAGCUUCGUCAAGAUCCAGAAUUACUAUGAUAUUGAUGCUUUGGAUCGAGCAUGCAACGGGGUUGGCGCUGUCAUCUGUGCCUAUGCAGGAACUCCUGUGAUGCACCUGGAUGCCCAGCUCCUCCUCCUACGCGCCGCCGAGCGAGCUGGUGUUACUCGCUUUCUCGCUGCCAGCUGGAAUUGCGACUGGAGACAGCUUCAGCUUGGCAUGCAUCAAAGUUACGAUGCAUGCAUUGCCUUUUAUCAACAGGUCAAGCUGACCUCAACCAUAAAGCCCAUCUGGCUCUUGACGGGGGGUUUGACCGAGGUUUAUUUCUCUGUUCCUGGUCAUGGAAACUUCUCUCCUGCCUAUAAUGGCCCAUGGGAUCCAGAGAAUAAAACUGUCGACAUCUGGGGAACUGGCCAUGAGAAGUGGGACUUGACCACGGAGAAGGACGCAGCUGAAUUUUCUGUCGCCGUCAUUGAGCGUGACGAUGCCCCUGAGGGAGGCUUUUGGGAACUGCACUCUGGGGCCUACUCGCCCCGUGAGCUUGCAAAGAUCUAUAAAGAAGUCAGAGGUAUUGAGAUAACCUUUAAAGACCGGGGUUCUCUCGACGAUCUCAGGAAACUUGCCUACAGUAUGAGGGAGCAAAAGCCCUAUAACGACUAUUAUGGCUUCAUUGGACUUUUCUACCAGCUGUUUCAGCUCGAUGGGACUUAUUCACUCAAAAACAUUGACAACGAUAAACUGAAUGUCAAGACUACUUCGAUGGAAGAGUUCCUUCGACAGAAUCCCGACAUCUGA